AUGAACUUAUCAGGGACACCACCACGUGGGAUCAAUGAUACCAGCUAUGAAGUCUCGACGGGGUGGUAUGAUAACUGUUCCUGGGUGGACGCAGUGUCGUGGGGCUGCAACCUCACCGCCAACGUGACGGGCAAUGCUACCACCAGUGACGUCACGUCGCUCGUCCUCAUGGCGGUGACGUCCGUUGUCCUGGCGCUCAUCAUUCUAGCCACUAUUAUUGGCAACGUCUUUGUAAUAGCUGCAAUCAUAAUUGAAAGAAACCUUCAGAAUGUAGCGAACUACCUCGUGGCGUCCCUGGCUGUGGCUGAUCUGAUGGUGGCUUGUCUUGUGAUGCCACUCGGAGCUGUCUAUGAGGUUAGCCAGGGUUGGAUUUUGGGACCUGAGCUAUGUGACAUGUGGACAUCCAGCGAUGUCCUUUGCAGUUCAGCAUCAAUCCUUCAUCUCGUUGCCAUUGCAACGGACAGAUACUGGGCCGUCACAAACGUCGACUACAUUCACAUAAGGAAUGAGAAGCGUAUUUUCACAAUGAUCUUCCUCGUCUGGGCUGCAGCGUUGGUCGUGUCUUUAGCUCCACAGUUGGGCUGGAAGGACCCAGACUACCUCGCGAGAAUAACACAACAACAGAAGUGCCUCGUAAGCCAAGAUCUUGCCUACCAGAUCUUCGCUACUUGCUCCACCUUCUAUGUUCCGCUAGCUGUCAUCCUUAUCUUGUAUUGGAAGAUUUUCCAGACAGCGAGAAGACGAAUACGAAGGCGAAGAGAUCCACCACCAGCCAGACCUUCGUCAGCUGACGGCGCUCCGCCUACCGGCAGACCCGUACAGUCCGCACGAGAUAGGCGUUUUGUCAAGAAACGUUUCCUCAACUUGAAGAAAUGCAACCAACGUACUAGGGCAGAAACCAUUGCUGCAGCCUUAUUACUCACUGAAGGCCAAAGUACCUCCACGGUAGACACGUUAGACGAAGAACCAAAAACAACUGCUUUCACAAUAAACGAAAAAGCCCCGGUGUCACCAGAAAAGUCUUCUUCAACGGCCACAAAUGGCUCAAAGCCCGAACGUUCAAUCAUAACAGGACCAUCACAAAGAGAGAAGAAGGAAUCAUUAGAAGCAAAACGCGAAAGAAAGGCAGCGAAAACGCUGGCAAUAAUUACCGGGGCAUUUGUUUUCUGCUGGCUGCCAUUUUUCAUAAUGGCGCUAGUGAUGCCAAUCUGUCAGACGUGUGUGAUAAGCGACUACUUAGCUAGCUUUUUCCUGUGGCUUGGCUACUUUAACUCGACGUUAAACCCAGUGAUUUACACAAUAUUCAGCCCGGAUUUCCGGCAAGCGUUCGCGCGCAUUCUCUUCGGUACGCAUAGACGCGGCCGUAAUAAAAAAUACUGA